GAAGCAAAGUUACUGCACAUUUAGAAAUAACAUUGACUGUAGUUUCUCAUUGGUUUCAACAGCAUAAUAUAACGCAAUGCUUUGGAUAAAGCACCUCUGGUUUCGUGUGUGUGUUUGAGAGAGAGAAAGAGUGUGUUAGAGGUGUGGCUCCAGUGAAUGGAGGAGGAGGAGGAGGGUCGAGCCGAGUGUCUCAGUGGUUUAUCCAUGAGAGAAGAAAUCAGCGGCUGAAUGUUGCACAGUUACCCGGGACUCAGAGAAAACCUGCUGGAUUACAACGACUCAUUUACGACUCGCAUCAGCUGGCAGUCUAUUCAGAGAGAGGUGUAACAGCUUCAAGCGCUUCAGCGAUUCCAGACAAUUCAAUAGGAGUUUCCAGUCACUAACAGUGGGAAUGUGACGUGUAAAAUAAGUGUUUUCCAACCAGGAUCUAAUAUCAGUUCCCCCUUGAUCUCUAUGUGGAACUGAUUCCAGUAUGGCCUUGCAGUAUGACCCCAAAUAUCCCUAAAAGAGUCAAAGACGAGCUGUAAACGUCACAUCUGAAUACCAAAGAUACUUGGAACAAUCUUCAAUCGCAAAGCGGUAACCAUGGCAACCAAAUGUAAAGUCCAAUGGAAAAUAUCCAUGGAAAACAAUGACUCUGUCUGGCUCUUAUUUUGGAGCAUAUGGAUUGUUUUGGCUGGAGUUUUACAAUCAACCAUGGCGAGUGAAGAUGAUGUUACAGCACGCAUUAGUUUCACAUACAAUGCAGAAGGGCGAUCAGUGAGCGGGUUCUCUGUGAAUGGUGUGUACAACUAUUCAGCUCUUCUGCUGAGCCCAGAUGAAAACAAGAUCUAUGUGGGAGCCAGAGAGAACAUAUUCUCCCUCAGCCUGGACAACAUCAGCGUGACGCACCUACAGAAAACACUCACGUGGAGCACUCCUGAAACAAAGAGGGGAGAGUGUAUCUUUAAGGGAAAAGACCCCCAGACUGAUUGUUUCAACUACAUCAAGAUCUUACUGCGUCUGAACAGCACACACCUGUUUGUGUGUGGAACGUAUGCAUUCAGCCCCAUCUGCACUUAUAUUAACAUUUCAAGUUUUUCUCUGGAAGCAGAUGAAAAGGGUGAACCUAUUAUGGAGGACGGCCGUGGACGCUGUCCAUUUAAUCCAGAAUACAGAUCUACAGCUAUUACAGUGGAUGGGGAACUGUACACUGCUACUGUCAGUAACUUCCAAGGAAAUGAACCCAGCAUAUAUAGGAGUCUGGGCUCUGGCACUCCUCUAAAAACGGAGAACUCUCUCAACUGGCUCCAGGACCCAGCGUUUGUAGGUUCUGCUCACAUUACUGGUUCGGACAGCGAGAGGAAUGAUGAUCAGAUCUACUUUUUCUUCAGUGAGACGGGGAAGGAGUUUGACUUCUUUGAUAACACCAUAGUGUCCAGGAUUGCACGUGUGUGUAAGGAGGAUCAAGGUGGAGAGAGAGUCCUGCAAAAGAAAUGGACCACAUUUCUGAAAGCUCAACUUUUGUGUUCGCUACCAGAUGAUGGCUUUCCUUUCAACAUCAUACAGGAUGUAUAUGUACUUCCAGCCAAACGCAAGAAAAACACACUCCUUUAUGCAGUCUUUGCUUCUCAAUGGAGUAAAGGUCUUGCUGGCAGUUCCGCAGUGUGUGUGUUCAGCAUGGAUCAGGUGGAUCAAGCCUUUACUGGCCGUUACAAAGAGGUGAAUCGAGAGACACAACAAUGGUACACAUACACUCAAUCUGUACCUGAACCACGACCAGGAAUGUGUAUUACUAAUGCCUCAAGGCAGCUGGGAAUAGACUCCUCUCUGGAUAUGCCAGAUAAGGUACUAAACUUUGUGAAGGACCACUUCCUGAUGGACCGUCCUGUCAGAAGUCAGCCUGUGCUCUUCACACACACUGUGCACUACACACAAAUCGCUGUGCACCACGUGAAGGGUCUCCACAGAGCUUAUGACGUGAUGUUCAUUGGCACAGCUGAUGGGCGUCUGCAGAAGGCUGUGAAUGUAGCUGGUAUGAUGCACAUCAUUGAGGAGAUCCAGCUGUUCUCAGAACAACAACCAGUACAGCAAAUAGAGCUGGAUUCAGCUAAGGGUCUGUUAUUUGUGUCGUCACACUCUGGCAUUGUUCAGCUGCCAGUAGCAAACUGCAGUUUCCAUAACAACUGUGGCGAGUGUGUUUUAGCCAGAGACCCAUACUGUGCUUGGACAGGCACACACUGUACUGACGUCACACUUGUCCCACCACAAAACCAAUGGCAACAAGAUAUAGAGGAAGCGGACACUUCGAAAUGCAACAGCACCAUGCUCAGAGUUGACUCUGGGAGCUCAGUAUCACCGCGUUCUUUCACAAAUUCCGAAACAUCAGAUUGUGAGCUCAUCAUCAUCCCAGCAAACACUCUUCAACUUCUACCCUGCAACCUUCGCUCCAACCACGCCCACAGAAAAUGGCUAUACAAACCAAACGUAAGUCACUUUCUGUUUCCCAGCGCAGAUGGUGGCUUGGUAGUCAGCGGCCGAGCAGGCAGUGACGAGGUCUUCUCAUGUUGGUCAGAAGAACGUGGCUUUUGGCAACUCUUGGCCAAUUACUGCGUGAAGGCCGAGCCGUUAUCUGAAACCACAACCAAAAUCGGCCGCAAGGAAGCACCAUUUUUAAUCCAAAGCAUAGCAUCGGACAUUCUGUCUGAGGAAUCCGAAGCACACUCUGCUCAACAUCGCAUAAAGACGUACGGCACAGAACUGGCGGUGGUGUGUGUUUUAUUAGCCGUUUGUGUGCUUUCGUUUGGGCUUUCAGUAGUGUAUCGACACAGAGGUCGGAUGAAGGAGGUACUCAGAGGAGGAGAGCAAGCUGGAGGAGCCCAGAAGAGCACAGUCCACCCUGGGGAGAGCUUGCCUCUCAAUGCUGGUGCACCUCCAACCUCGCCAUCUGAACACAAAAGCUACCAGACGCUAGAGGAAAACUGUAGUUACAUAAUCGCUCCGGCAGAAACAAACACACCGCAGAAAUCGGAGGAAACACAGAUACUCAAGCCAACACCACAGAAUGGCUAUAAAGAGAGUCAUGUGGAGGUCAGUGACAUUAGCCCUCGUCCUCGGGUACGACUAGGCUCUGAGAUUAGAGACUCUGUGGUGUAAAAUACUGCAUAUACAGACUGAAACUCUUAAUGUUCACUCGGUACAGUCAAUGGGCAGCUUUUGUAAAGACUAAUCAUACUGAGCCUGAGGAAAAAGAGAUGGGACAUGCUCGGUUUGUGUAUUGCCACAUUUUAGUUGUUGGAGACAACGCCCUGAAAUCUACUCUCACAUCUUACAACUUUUAAAUGUUAUGACACAGUUUAUUGUGUUGAUAUAAAAAAAAAAGACAGUUAAAAUAUUUGUGAUGUGGACGAGACUAGAGCGGAUCGAUGUACAGGAAAGGUGGGCAAUGGGCUUUGUGUUGUAUGACUGCUACUGGUGCUAUAAUCACUGCCAAGACAAAGAGUGAUGAAGCUUCACUCAAGGUGGAAAAAACAGCUUUAAAUGACUAUUUGUGUUCCUAAUGUUUAAUGAGGGUACUUUCAUCUUAAAAGUUGACUAUUACUGUGAACAUCAGGCAGUUCAAACCGGACACAAUAUUAGUGCUACAGAGUUUGGGUACUUUUUAAAAUGUAUUCCUGUGUUUUGGUCAGUUGUUAAUUUCUUAAGCUUUCAUUUCUUUUGGUUUCUAUUGUCAGAUGUGUUCAUUUAAAGCGAUAGUUCACACAAAAAUAAAUCUGUCAUCAUUCA